UUGUUUGGCAUUCCCUGCGGUCCGGCCUGGGGAUUCACUGAGCUGCAGUUGGAGCGAUCUGUUUGCUGUGUGUAACACGUACAGUGCCAGCUAGAGAAACUCAAGGGUCAAAAUAAAGAGGUAGCUCCUAAUACAUAAACAUGACAGAGAGAGCUGUUCCCCCUACACUAUCCUUUACUGACAGUUAUAUUGGUGCAGACCCUCAGAAAUCCUUAGAGGAAUUGACAAAGGCUAUAGAAGAGAAAUCUGACUGUGCAGAAUAUUAUUGCCAAAGAGCCUAUGCCCACAUACUUCUCCAAAAUUACAAUGAUGCUGUUUUGGAUGCAAAGAGGUCCCUGGAGCUCCAGCCUAACAAUGCGAGUGCUUUCCUCAGGAAGGGGGAGGCUGAAUUUCAUUUACAGAAUUAUUCUUCUGCUGAAGAAAGUUUCAAAAAAGGGCAAAUAUUAGAUGCCUCCACUCCCACAUUUCCUUCUUGGAUUAAACUAUGUGAGGAAAAGCUAAAUGUUUCAACAGAAGGGCAAUCGAGUAACAACCAGCAGACGUCAGUGAAAUACAGGCAUGACUGGUAUCAAACAGAAUCUCACAUCAUCAUUACAGUAAUGAUCAAGAACGUACAGAAGAAUAAUGUCCACAUACGGUUUUCAGAAAGAGAGUUAACCGUUAAUAUGAGUCUACCUUCUGGAGAAAACUACAGCUUAAAUCUGCAUCUCCUUCACGCCAUCGUACCUGACCAGAGUAUAUUCAAGGUGCUUUCAACGAAGGUAGAGAUAAAAUUGAAGAAAACUGAGGCAAUGCGUUGGGAAACAUUAGAAGGCAAGGCAGAUAGUCAAGUGAAGCAUUUUACUCAAGAAUCCAUGCACAAAUACCCCUCUUCCUCACACUAUACUAAGAACUGGGAUAAACUGGUGGGUCAGAUCAAAGAGGAGGAGAAAAAUGAAAAACUGGAAGGGGAUGCUGCACUAAAUCAACUUUUUCAGCAGAUUUACUCAGAUGGGAACGAUGAAGUGAAACGCGCCAUGAACAAGUCAUUUAUGGAGUCAGGAGGAACCGUGCUGAGCACCAACUGGACAGAUGUGGGCAAGAAGAAAGUAGACGUAAAUCCCCCAGAUGAUAUGGAAUGGAAACAAUACUAGUUAUCCUGCUGCAGUCCGUACGUUUAUUGAAGCAGUCUGAUGCACAACAAGCUGAUGAGACAUCACUCCUUACCUUUUGCGCCCUUUCUUUUCCCAGAAUGCUAAUUGUUUGCUGCUUCCAUUAAAUGUUGCACAAAGUGAAUGAAAUGACAAGCGAGCCUAAUCCUUUAUUCCUGUUUUGUUAGGAGCCAGCCCUGUAGUAUGUAUAUAGUGAUUUCUGAUGCACAUUCACUCAGAUAACUUAUUGGCCGGAGGUGCAGCUCUCCUGUCAGCUUGUUGGAAAUCUUUCUCACUGACCCACUCUUGGCCUUUUUAUCAACUGCAAAUUAUAAAUAUACUUUUUCAAUGA